AUGAGGGUUCGUGUCUUUCCAGCAUGCCAUCAACUUCUUCUCCAAACUUCUUCGGCGCUUAGAGCAAAAAAGAUAUCACCGUGCGUUUUCGCGGGACUUCCAUCCAUGUUUGAGACGAGCAAGCAAAACAAAACGGAGAAGAUAAAUCAAUGUCAAGACGGGACAUCCAACCGUUUGCCGCCGAGCAUCUCAACUUCAUGCAGUUUCAGGCCGGUGGAAGGUUGGCAUCCAUCCAUAACCUGGACCAAAGGACAGGCAGCUCCAUGUUUUGAGAGAAGACUCAAACAAGGAGUUAUCUACUGCUACAUGAUUCCAGGAAGAUGCUGUUUACCAGCGCGCUUCGCGAUGGAACAAUAUUUCUUAUUCUCGUUUGCUGAAGCUGAGGAGAAUGCUAUACUUAAGCUUCAGCAAAUCCGUCUUCAUUUUCUCUCUUUCUGUAUAUUCGACUUUUGGCUGGCACAGAAGUCCUCUUUCACUAUAAUAUCUACUCUCUUUUGGCCUACUUCGUUAAUAGAUACCAAAAAGAUGCGCAGCCUACAACACAUUUUGGGCAUAAUAUCUCUCGCCCUAUUGUCUCAUGUUUCUUCUAGUCCAAUAUAUCAAUCCCGGCGGGAAGGCCUCUUUAACAGAGGCCUAUACUCAACACACGAUCAUGACGCAGCAAUCAUGACGCUCACUGUCACCCGAAUCGCUGCUCGACUCCCGAUGACGAUGUGUGUGACUACAGGAGCUGGAAAUGCCGGUAGGCCUUCAAUAGUACCCUGCCCGACUACGAUGACCUCGAAAACGGUGGCAGACACUACAUCUGCUCCCUUCCCACAACCGGAGGUGGAAAUGUCCCUGGAGUUGGAGUUGGAACUGGAAAUCUCCCCCAUUUCCUACCUAUAUUCAUCGUCCUGGUAUAAUUUCCCAGCCACGACUACCGCAGCCAAUUCGCAUAGCACGCACACUUCCGCCCCAUCUUCUACCUCCAAAUCGACGACGUCAGGCAUUGCAGCAACCGGUGAUGGGGUCUCUACCGUAUCUACCACAGACGUCCCAGAUGCUACAACCCCAAAUUACUCUACAACGUCUAGCAGUGGGUCAAUCCAAGUUACUAGCCAGCCCAUGAACGGUUCCUUGUCAUCGACAACUUCAUCUACCCCAGGGACAUCAACAUUAACAUCCAAUACCGAACUACCUCAACCCACAACAGUUGUUAAUAUAACUACCAAGACAGUGUAUAUAUCUCCUACUAGCACGGCGACUAUCACUACAAGUUAUACUCCUGUUCCAACUACAACUUCUGUUGCAUACCCUAACUGGAAUUCCACGCUUCCAUCCCUCAGCACAAUCACCGAGUCAAUCACAGAAUCAGUUACGAUGUCUUCAAGUUCAUCUUCGAGUUCGUUCACUCCCUCAAUUACGAACUCGCCGCCGGCCACCACAGUCACACAGUCGGCUACCCAGCCUUCGACCGCUACAACGUCGUCAUUUAGCAGCAACCCCUUGCCCAGCUUUACUUCUAAGCCUGACACCCAGUCAUCAACAAUGACGUAUCCAUCAUUCAGCAAUGGCCUUCCAUCUUUUACUACAAUCUUACCAGAGACAUCAACUUCGCAGGCGAUAUCUUCUACUCUUGUUCCCGCUCCUCCACCAACAGAAGUUCCAACAAUCCCUCCCUCAGAUUCUCUCGUUGUUAUCCCCGUCACAGACGCAGCUCCGGCUCCAACUGGUAUUGAACUCAUACCCAUAGGACCUUGA